AUGGCGUCGGCGUGCGUUAAGAACAUCGGAAUGCCGCCGGAUAACUUCCUCGACUGUCCUCCGGCGGCGUUUCCCUCUUACGGCUGGCUUAGCCCGAGGAUAUCGUUCAGUCGCGAGUUUCCCGAUGAGGACGCCUCAAAUAGGUUGCCUCCCAAGCGUCUGUCGCUUCUGCACAAUGCGAGCUAUGAGAAGCUGAAAGAGCCAAAUCUGGAGCUCUCCAGCAAGGAUUUCGUUGAUUUCGAGUUCCGCCUCGAAGAUCCGGUCACAAUGCCUCCCGCCGAUGAGCUUUUCGCCGACGGAAAACUCGUUCCGUUGCAGCUGUCCUCCUUCUGGCACUCUGCGUUUUCAGAAGCCAGAUCUCCGGAUACGCCUAAGUAUCGGCGUAGGAAUGAGAUAUCCUCCAGAGAUCCGAAUUUGUUUUCGACCGAGGCGCCGAGGUGCUCUAGCCGGUGGAAGGAGCUUAUCGGCUUGAAGAAUCUGUACCAGAACAGCAGUAUGAAGCAGGAGGAUCCGAGAAUGGCGUCGUCUGAAUCCUCGAAUAACAACAAAAAUUCCUCCAGAGGCCUCAAACAUAUGCUUCAGCGCAGCUCCAAGUCCUCAAUGAAUACGUCCUUAAAUUCAUCCUUAAAUCAACCAUUGCUAAAGGACUCAGAUAAUGAGUCAAUAUCGUCUUCAUCCAGCCACGAACACCACGAUCUGCCUCGACUCUCGCUUGAUUCAGAAAAGCCAAGCAGCGGCAUUCGCAAUGCUCAUCAAUCCACCAGCAGAAAUCUGUCUAGAGUUCGAUUGUCAAAAUAUAAAUCAGAAAACCGUGUUAGGAUUUGCUUUGCCUAA